AUGUGCGCGGAUCGUUCCUCGCGUCGCAAAGAGAUGGACUUUAUGAAGUUAAUGAAUGGUCCGCGGAAGGUCCACCCGUCGGAUUCCGUCUCGGAGUUUUGGGUGGAGUUCUACGGCCCCGAGGGGACACCGUACGAGGGCGGGGUAUGGUCCAUUCACGUGCAGUUGCCGCUGGAAUACCCGUUUAAGUCCCCAUCCAUUGGUUUCAGUAAUCGCAUUUAUCACCCAAACGUGGAUGAAGUGAGUGGGUCAGUUUGCCUCGACGUGAUCAAUCAAACGUGGACUCCAAUGUAUGAACUGCAGAAUAUCUUCGAGGUAUUUCUUCCUCAACUACUGCGCUACCCGAACCCCAAUGACCCAUUAAACUCCGCCGCUGCUUCCAAAUUGAUUCGUGAUCCCAUUGCUUAUGUCUCCACAAUUCAGGAUCAUGUUGCGAGGUUUGCAACGCGAGAAGCAGCCUUGGUAAGUAUUCCCGAGAACUUUCGACCGAUGGACAAGGAAAAUAUUUCACAAAAUGAAAAGGGUCGACUUGUUCAGGAUGACGACUUUCCGGGAACCUUUAAGGCUUUAACAGAUGCACCAACUUCACAUCUUGAGAGUGAGGGGGAUUAUGAACCUGAAGAAAUCGAUAUCUAA